AUGGAAAAUUAUCAGUCUAUUGUACACUCUCCCACUAAUCUACUACUCUGUAAAGAAAUUGCAACAAGUUUAGACGAUGAAGACGAAGCUGCUUCGAUUUUCGAAGAUUUUUAUGAAGAUGAUUACAUUAAAUUGCUUCUUGAUAGAGAAUCCACCACAAAUGGUGGUUUACUCCAAAUGCAGCAGCAAAAUUCUUGGAUUCUUAGGGCUCGUUUGGAUGCAAUCCACUACAUUCUCACUAAAAGGGAAGUUCUUGGAUUCAGAUAUCAAACUGCUUACACAUCAGUCACAUUUCUUGAUAGGUUUCUUUCAAGAAGAUCUAUUGAUGUAGAGAAAUCAUGGGCAAUAAGGCUAUUAUCAAUAGCUUGUCUUUCAUUGGCUGCAAAAAUGGAGGAAACCACAUUGCCGGCGUUAUCGGAUUUAUGCGCCGACGAUUACAAAUUCGAAAGCAGUGUUAUACAGAGGAUGGAGCUUUUGGUAUUGAACACACUUGAGUGGGAAAUGGGAUCAAUCACCCCCUUUUCUUUCGUUCAAUUCUUCGCCGAAAAGUUUCGGAAUCGAACGAAAAUCGGAUUAUCGAGAACUGCACACAUCACUCUAGCCACAAUUAGAG